UGCGCGACACUCGCCCUGUUCGUUUACAGUUCUAUUUAUUUUUGUUGUGAAAACGAUCAGCUGUCAGCAUCUGCGAUUUUCGUCGCACCGGGCAUUCGUUCGCGACGGAGCGAGCGUCGGCACGUCGCGGAACGCAGGAACACGCGUUCCUCUCGCGCGAACAACGAACAAAUGGUGCGGAACGUCGAGCCAUAAUAAUACGUGCGUCCGUGGCCGAGCCGCGCGCGAUCGCCGUGAUUGUGCAGCGAUUUAAAUUUCUUGCGACGCGCGGCGAUGCUCCUGUGAGCGUUCGAGUUCCGUGGAUUUGCGAGUGUGGACCGCGCGACCGUGUCGUUUCUGGAUUUGGAACGCGACAAAACUCGCAGGGUGGCGAAGAGCGGCGUGCGGUGUGUGCAAACGGCCUCGCGACGACGCGCACGGCUCGCCGAUUUCCCGCGGUGCCCCGUCGCCAGGAGAAAACGUCAACACCAGUGUACAGAUGAUAAUCGUGGGAUCGUCCCACGGUGAAAUAUGAAGAUGGCUUCCACGGAGAUUGAUGACUUCUUGGCUGGGCCACUGGUCACUUGGUUUGCUAGUUGUCUGGAAGAUCCCAAUGUACUGGCAAACUAUGAGGAUUUGGUGGAUGGUGUCUUGUUGCAUAGUGUCUUCCUGCAAAUCAAUCCGGAACCAUUGCACGAUGAAGUAGUGCCUUCAAAUGGCAAUCCUGUUAUUCGCACGAAAAACUUGAGGACUGUAGUACAAAACAUGAAACAGUUUUACGAGGAAGAAUUGGAUAAUUUGAUCUUAAAAUUACCUGACAUUACAAAUUUAGGAAAAGAGCCAGAAUUGUACAUAGCGGAUAUGAAAUUAUUGCUGUUGUUACUCCUUGGAUGCGCCGUUCAGUGUCCAAAUAAGGAGAAGUUUAUUACAAAUAUAAAAGCGCUGCAUGUUAAUACACAAAUUGCGAUAGUAGAAUGCAUUAAACAGGUAACGGACCACCGAGAUAUUGUCAUUACCCAAGACGCCAUGGAAAAUGCAAACAUGGGUUACCUCUUUGCCCAAAUUAAAAAGUGGAUCCAAGAGUUGGAUUUAUAUCGAGAGAAAUGGAGAGAUGCAGCAUUAGAUGACAGCAUAGAACGAAAUGAUUCCUCCAUCAGUGCAGAAUCUGAGGAGAUAAGUAAGGUGCAACAGUCUCAUUCCGUUGCUAAAGCAGAAAGAGAAGACAGUCAUCAUUACGCAGUCGAAUUGGCAGACUGGAAAUCUAAAGUUCGGAAACAGCGUCAGGAAUUGGAGGAGAAAACAGAAGCUUUGCUCGAGUGUAAAGAAGAGUUAGAGCAUAAUAAGACAUUACUCGUAAAAUUAAGGCAAGAGAAUCAGGAAUUGAUGCACGAAGCUCGUACCGCGAAAUCGUACAGGGAUGAACUAGAUGCUGUUAUUGAAAGAGCGGAUAGAGCGGAUCGUUUAGAAAUAGAAGUAUCACGGUAUAGAGAAAAACUCACAGAUAUCGAAUUUUAUAAAACUCGGAUAGAAGAAUUACGCGAAGAUAAUAGAGUCUUAAUGGAGACGAGAGAGAUGCUUGAGGAACAAUUAAGUUCAUCAAGAAACAGAGCAGACAAAGUACUGGAGCUUGAAUCUGAAAUCAUCAAGCAUAAGCAAUUACUUAACGAUAUGACAUUGGACCGUGCUGCUGACAAAGAGAAAUAUCAGGAACUUGUCGAGGAAAAUACACAACUGCAUCAAUUGACAAAGGCUGCUGCCAGUGAGGCUGCUUUAGCUGGAUCCAGUGAUUCUGAAGAGCCAGUACACAACGAUAACAGACUGUCGGAACAACUAACGAGUAACGCGCAAACACGAGCGUUAAAGUUGGAGUUGGAGAAUCGUCGUUUGAACACUUUAAUCGAUUCAAUGAAGGAGAGUUCAUUUCAUGAAAAUUCGUCCCGCGUUUUGGAAUUAGAAAAGGAGAAGAAAAAGCUUUCGCUGAAGAUUGAGUCACUAAACGACAACAAAGAGAGACUCACUCAGCAAAAUUCCGAUUUGGAACUAGUGUGCAAGCAAGCACUAGAAGAGAACAAGAAACUUCAGAACACUCUUAAAAAUCAGCGAACUUUCUCGGAGAAACAGCAACAGGAAAUUCAAACUCAUCAUGCAAAGAUCAUAGAAUUGGAAAAAAAUCAUGAUACUGCAGUGAAAGAAAAGCAACGUGUCCAAUUGUUAUUGGAGAGCGUGCAACGACGUGCUGACGAUUUAGAACGCACUCUCGAAACAACGAAUCAAAGGGUUGAAGACUUGAAGCUCAUCGAAAACAAUGUCAAUGAUAUUAACUCCAAAUGCCUCGAACUUGAAGCAAGACUAACAGCGACAGAGAAGGAGAAAGAUAUCGCACAACGCGACAUUCACAAGUAUAGGGAGGCAAUUGAGGAGAAGGAUGUAGCUUUGGAUAAAGCAACGAAUACAAUCGAAGUUUUCGAGAGAAAGGUAUCGCAGCUUGAACAGGAGUUACAGGAUUGUGUUACGCAGAUAUCGAGGUUGCAAGAAAUUGAACGAUCCAGUAAAGAACUUGAUUCACGAGCGGCGAUUGACAGGGAAACUUUAGAGAUACUUCAAACCAAUCUCGUAGCAGAAAAACUAAGCAAUCAACAAUUGUACACGGUUUUGGACAAACUCGGCCUUAGUGACAAUAUACUGUUAUCUCAACCUCUGGAGACUAUAUUGGAAAAAAUUGCCCAAAUACCGGAAGUGAUAAACCUCAUUAAGAAAUCAUUUAUAUCAGAGAACAGUGAAGAAACAACUGAAUCCGCUAAGGAAAAUGACGAUAUUAAUAAGUCCUUAGAAAUUAUGAUGGAACCUUUGAAGCAAGAACUGGAGCACCUGCAAAUGAAAUUAUCUAUGUCCCAAGCAGCAAUGGAGCAUCUACUAUCAGAAAAUGCCAAGCUUCAGGUUCACAUAACAACAUUGCAGUCACAAAGUAAUUCAUUAACCGCGCAGCACACCGCGUUGCAAUUGGCAAAUUCGCAACUAGUCGCGGAGAAAGAAGAGCUUUUAAAAGAACGGAGCACGCAACAACACAUAUAUUCCGCACUGCUUCACGAUCAAAACACCUUGCAAUCGUUGCACGAGCAACUAAACAACGAAUACGAAAAUCUACGUCGCGAGCGGGACGUCCUCAAGUCGAGUUUGAGAGACGUGAAGAACGAAAACAGAACAUUACGCGAGAAUUGUGAACGACUGGAGGCGAAAAACGAAGCGCUGCAAUCCGAACAGGAAGCUCUGAUCAACAACACGAAAAGCUUGAAUAAUCUGCGAGGAGAGCAUUCAAAGUUGAAGGACGACUUCAGAAAUCUGUAUACUGCGAGUGAGAGACUGAAAGCGGAAUACAGGAAUCUUCAAGAUGAUUACAAAAAGAACAAACUCGAGCUGAACCGUUUAAGCUUGAAGCAAACCGAGAUGCAGGGCGAGCUCGGUGUCAAAGAUGAACAAUGCUCGGAUUUGAAGUUAGAAGUCAAUAGUCUUAAUGAACGAUGUGAUAUGCUAUUAGAGAUGAACUCUGGAUUGGAUAAUGAUAGGCGUUCCUUAAUGGAGCAUAUAAGUUUGCUGUUUACGCAAUACCAUGAACUCUUAACGCAUUCGCUGCAAGAUAAGGAGCACUACCACAUGGAGGAAAAAUUGUUCGCGGAUAAAGUUAAUCAUCUCCACAGACAAAAAGAAAAAUUAGAAGAUAAGAUUAUGGAACAUUAUAGAAAAUUGAACAGCUGCACUACCAAAAAAAAAGGUUUCGGGGCCAGUCUGGUUCGCAGAGUCAGAAAAGCUGGAUCAGAACUUCUUAAUAAGAAUCGACGUUCAUGGGCCGAAGAUUCCAAGCAGUCGGACAGCAAAACGUACGAGUCGGAUACAGGCGGAAAUGAUUCAGAUGCGAGUACCGACGACUAUCGUUUGCCUGGUAAACAUGGACCCAGCAGAGUUUUCGGAUCAGACGCGCUUGGACACGCUGGAACUAGACGAACGGUGUACUACAACGACGAUUCUCCGCCGUCCUCUGCUUCCUUACCUACAGAGAGGCUGUUAGCCGAACCCUUCCAGGAGCAAGGGGACGAUGCGCACACCACACAGAUGGAAUCGAAUUUAAAGCCGGAAGCACAAGUCGAAUCGCGUCCCUUUCUAAUCUAUAAUAAAGUGUCAGCAGUCAUAAACGAAUCGAAAAACAUUGGUAGUACGAUGAAGGACGCGGCGCAAGACGAGGCACUCGCGGAACCUCCCGCUGACAAAGAGCCAAAGACUGGGAGUCCGAUAUGGUAUGAAUACGGUUGUGUAUAAAUUUUCAGACACUGCCCUCGAUGCUUCCGUUAGUAUAUGCAGGAUAGAAGGGGAGAGACAAGUUUCCUCAACAGUUCAUUAAUGGCACACACUUAGUAUUUUAUAACGGACGACGACUUAACGCAACGCAAAAAUGCAAACUAACUGCGAGAACCAUCGGAAAGUAUUACGCAUACUAAAGAUUUACUUUUUCUAGCCCUAGUAAAUGAAUCGCUGUAAUCGGACGCACGAUACUGCCAAAAUUAAAGUAGAGUUAAGAAUAGAGCGCUUACAAGUUCCUAAAAAAGCUGUUUGUGCUAAGAUAAAUUGAAGACGUAUUUACCGGUGACAUGAGAAUUUUUUGCAACGUGUUCUUUUUAUCUGGUACAUCUUUAAUCGUUGUUUAUCAAGAUUUUGAUAAUAAAUUUUAUUCUGUGAGAAGAAGAAAUUAGAGAGAUAUAAUUUGUUAAAUAUAUACGCAUAAUUUCUGAAUGAUCUUUGAGGAUUCUUGAUGCAAAAUGACGAAAUUAUAGCUAUUGACAAUACUGUGCUCGAUUUUAUUCAACAUCCAACUAGUUCUAUUUUUGCUAGAUACUCAUCGCAGCUUUCGGUUAUUGUAUACAGCUACUUAAUAUCGCAUAUCUAUUGUUGAAAAGUAGAUAGGAUCCUUAUGUUUAUUAUAUUCUAUCGAGAGUAAACUAUUCUUUCAAGACUAAUACAAUAAGCGAGAGAAUUCAUGCCGGGAGUAAUAGCACAAUACAUUUGCUUUUACAAUUACACUGAUUACCUCUUUGUCGCACGACUUUUAUUACAAUGUAAACUAGAGUAUUUUUUACAUCUUGAUCAUGUAUUUUUAUAAUUGCGUAUGCUAGGUAUAAGCGUUUAAUGCAGAUAACGUAUAUGUCUGUAGUGUUUCAAAAAUUUUAUCACAAUUUUUGGUACAAGAACAUACAUACAUGAGUGAGUACUUAUUAACCGAAGUAUUAAAUGAUAUUCUUGCCAUUUUAAAGUACUUGUCUUCUAAUAUGCUUUUGACAAUAUGGAAUGUAUAAGAAGAUACAUGAUAUAUAAUGUGAUGAUGUAAUUUGUAAUAAUAACUGUAUAAUUUUGUUAUCGCAUGUAGCAAUAGAAAAUUUUAAGAUGA